AUGACCACCUCCAGUAGGACGAAUUCUGCUACAUCCAGGGUAAACUCCUUGGUCAAAAUAUUUGAUCCGAGUGCUUUACAAAACCAGGGGCUUGCUAAUGAAGUGGAAACCACCCAAAUUCUUUUUGCUGCAAGCAAACAUGUCAGCUCCUCUGAAAGUUUUAACACCUUGGAUGUGAAGUUUGCCUCCCUUGAUCAGAAAAUAGAUAAGUUGUUGACUGUGCAGGACAAUGUCCUUCAGACGCUAAACAGUGUUUCCCAGGAAAUGUGUUGCAUUGAAAAAGAUAUAGAGAUGUUAAAGGCAAAAGCAACUGAACCUGGACCCACCACAGAAACAAGUGAAAAGCUAAAUAAGUCUGAAAUGAAGGGGCUGUGCAUAGAAAUGACCAGUACCCUUUCUGACAUGAACAAGAGUGCAGAGCAGCAAGCUAAAAGAUUAGAUGGAAUGGAACAAAUAGUGCUGGGGUUACAGGAGCUUAUAGGGUAUGUGGCUAAGAAGUUUAAAAUGUGUAAAAUCACUGAUUUAAUUCUCAAAAACAAAGCUCCUCCUAAGCUUGUCAAGGUUGGCAGUUACUUAAAGAAAUAUAAGGUUGGAAACAAUUCCAGAGUGCAGACUUUCUCAGACAAAAGGGAUACGGGCACGUCCAGCAACAGAAACGAAAAGGCCAUCGGGGAUCAGAAAGAAAAGGAGAAGUCAUGUUUAAGUGCGAAGGGAACAAAGUCUAUAAAAAAGAAGAAACCACCCGAUUCCACAGAGGGAGCCAACCAAGAAAACCAGUCCUGCCCUUACAAAGAAACGGUCCAUAUGCUCAAUAAGGAAAAUACUAAAAAGGCAAGUGCUUUUUUGGUUCAAAGGAGUUCUCCCAAAUCUCAAGGGCCAAAGGACAAGGGAGAGGAUUUAGCUUUGAAAAGCCAGAAGGAACACACAAAGAGCUCUGUUCAAACAUCCUUUAGUGCAAGAAAGAGCCAAGGAGCAGAGGUUGCUGUUGAUGACAAUAGCCAAAGGAUAACAGGGCAAGAUGAAAAGAAGGAAAGUGAAUCCCUGGAAGGUGUGAAGAGGGCUGGUGGACAGCAAUUGCCUGAAGAAGAAAGGCAAGAGGAGGAAGAAGAGGAUGAUGCUGGUCACUGUGGAGAAGAGGAAGAAGAAUCAGCAACUGCAUCCCAAAAUGAACAUGAGGCAGAGGAUGAUGAGCGUCCAGCAGAAAGCCAGGGACAAGAUGCACGGCUUCAAAGGUGUAAAGGCAGUGAAAAAGGCACAGGAAGCAAACCAUCAGGGACGUUCUCCCAGAAUGCUGAGCAGACCUGCCAGCUUGAGCAUAGAGGCAGCAGUAAGCGUCGAGUGAAUGAUGAAGGUCUAAUCAAAGCUGACAACAAAAAGAGCAGGGUAGACGCAGAGAGUGCUGGUGACAAAUGUAAACGUAAAGAGGCCAUUAAACCAAAUACUCCACAAGACAAACCAAAGGCAGCUGAUUCCACUGGUACAGAGAGUGAUAAUCAAGCAGAGGCAUCUAUAGAAGAUUUGGUGACUGUAAUUGACGAUUGCCCUGUUCCUCCAGCGCCAUUUGAUCACCGGAUUGUCUCAGCCAAAAAGGGAGUGGUCAACAGUUAUUAUGAAGUCAACCGGAACGAAGUUCUGGGAGGAGGGCGAUUUGGUCAGGUGCACAAAUGUGAAGAAAAAGCAACAGGUCUCAAGUUAGCAGCAAAAAUUAUAAAAGCCAGAGGUGCUAAAGAAAAGGAAGAAGUAAAGAAUGAAAUCAAUGUCAUGAACCAGUUGAACCACACAAACCUUAUCCAGCUGUAUGAUGCCUUUGAAUCCAAAAAUGACAUUGUUCUGGUCAUGGAAUAUGUGGAUGGAGGAGAAUUAUUUGACCGAAUUAUUGAUGAUAACUACAGUUUAACAGAGAUGGAUACCAUCUUGUUCACAAAACAGAUCUGUCAAGGGAUUCAAUACAUGCAUCAGAUGUACAUUCUUCAUUUAGACCUGAAGCCCGAGAAUAUCCUGUGUGUGAAUCGAACUGCUUAUCAAAUAAAAAUUAUUGAUUUUGGAUUGGCAAGAAGAUAUAAACCCAGAGAAAAACUUAAAGUGAACUUUGGCACUCCGGAAUUCCUCGCUCCUGAAGUUGUGAACUAUGACUUUGUCUCCUUUCCCACGGACAUGUGGAGUGUAGGAGUCAUUGCCUACAUGCUGCUCAGUGGAUUGUCUCCUUUUCUGGGUGAUGAUGACAAUGAGACUCUCAACAAUAUCCUGGCUUGUAGCUGGGAUUUCGAAAAUGAGGAAUUUCAAGAUGUUUCUGAAGAAGCCAAAGACUUCCUCUCAAAGCUUCUAAUCAAGGAAAAAAGCUGGAGAAUGAGUGCAACUUCAGCCUUAAAACAUCCUUGGUUAUCAGACCACAAACUCCAUUGCGGACUACACAAGCAGAGGAAGGCUAAGUGCCACUCAAAGUCUCAAGCACCCAUGGCUCAAUGACCUUUCCAAGAAAGCUGCCAAAUGGAAGAAAAGCUGCUGUGUUGUUACUGCUGAUAAGAGAUUUGGAGAUAUCAGCAGUUCUGGUGCUUUGACCUUGUGAUGACUUGAGGCUUUUACUAAGUGGACCAACACCACUUUAGCUGCAGGAAAAGUCCCAGCAUUAUUGAUCUACUUUUUCUUGCUUCAGCUUUCAAAAGAGGAAAACAACUGCUGCAGUUCACAGGAAGAUGUCUCUGCCAGAACACCAUGUAAUUUUUGUCUGAGAUUGCUAUGCUAGUUUGAGUUCAGAAUAUUAUCCGUCUUGUCUUUGCUUUCUUGAUUUAGCUAGUGAGAGAUCUUUGGGGUUUAAAUAGCAUUGGCUCUUUCUCAUCUCAGCCCAGCAAGCAGAAGAUCUCUGCAUUACAAUAGUACUUGGAGUUCUAGUUGAGAUUGAAACCUCAAAUUGCUUUUAAAAAACAGCUGGCUGCACAUUUAAAACUGAUUAUUCUCUGACAGUGGCAUCAACAAGGACUAACCCCACUAAAGUUAAAGAAGCUACACCAGUGUGUUAACAGUCUCACAGACAAGCUCUCAGUGUACUCUAGUGCCUUUAGACUAGAGCAUGCUGCAUACAGGACUGCCUUUGGUGUUUCCUAGCAUAUCACAUUGGUACUGUUUUAAAUUCAGUUCGGUUAAUAACAUACAAGAGGAUAUUUUGUUAUUAGGACACCCAGAUUCUCAUCUCUAGUGUAAAUGCAGAAUUAAGCCCUUGACUUCAGUAGAGAACAACUUCAAAUCCGUUACUUUGGAUUUAUGCCAAUGUAACUGGCUAACUCCAUUGUUGGCACUGAAAUUAAGCUUAUGCAAAACUAGUUUGUGAGAGGAGAAUCGGCCCCCUAAUCCUCACAACCCAGAGUGUCCUGUUUGCUUCUAGGAAAUAGCUUAUUUCAAAGCUCGCCAAAAAAAAAAUAUAUAUAUUUUCUAUUGCUUCUCCAGAUUCCAAGCUGUUCUGAUACAUGGCUAGAAGAGGGGACUGGGAGUCAGGCUACCUGUACUCUAUUCCCAACACUGUGUGACCAUGGGCUAGUCACCUAAACAGCCUGAGCCUCAGUUGUCCCAUCUGUAAAAUGGAGAUAAUGACACUUACUUUUGUAUAGUGCUUUUUGUAUUAAAGACUAGAUAAAUCCAAAGUGUCAUUAUUAUUUUACUUUACUAUGCUGACAUAUUGUUGUGGCUUUGGAUUUUUUUUAUUUUGACUAAUCAGUUUCUAAUUAAGCAACAUGUCAACACAGCCCAGUAUAUUUUUCUUGAAAUAAUGGCAUAUCUUGCUACAAGGUAGAAGGGUAAAGGCCAACUCAAUUUAACAUUAGAAUGGCAAUAAUUCCCACAUCAUGACUGUCAUAUCUUUGUUCUUAUGUUUGUAUAUCAAAUUUCAAGGAAAGAGUCAGAUGAAUACAUUUAUUGGACAGCAUGCAUGUAACAUCCUUGACAGACAAUUACAGAAAUCCAAUUUUGUCCAGAGUUCAAAAGGUGUUUAAUAGAUAGAUAGAUAGAUGCUCUUAAUGAAAGCUAGUGUAUACAUGCAUACAUAUAGCAACAUUACUACCACAGUACACUAAAGGAAGAACCAAGAAAGCAUAGAAAGCACUGUCCCAUUUUGACUGCUCCUAUCUCCUGUUUAAAGUUUUAGGGCCAAAUCUUUAGGCCCAAUUAAAGGAUUAGAAAGCAUACCUUAUACUUACAGUGAUAGUGUCUAGAGCUCAAUCUGUUUAGCUUAAAAAGGUUAGUGGGUCACUUGAUUACAGUCUGUAAGUAUCUAUAUAGGGAACAAAUAUUUAACAAUGGGCUCUUCAGACUAGCAGAGAAAGGUAUAACACAACCCAGUGGCUGGAAGUUGAAGCUAGAAAAAUUCAGAUGGGAAAUAAGGCAUAAUUUUUUAACAAUUUCCCAAGGGACAUGCAAUCCAUCGCUGACCAUCUUAAAAUCACAAUUGGAUGCUUUUCUAAAUGAUCUGCUCUAGGAAUUAUUUUGGGGAUAUUCUGUGGCCUAUGCUAUAUAGGAGGUCAGACUAGAUGAUCAGAACUGCUCCUUCUGGACUUGGAAUCUGUGAAUCAAUCAUCAUACCUAGUCCUAACUCAAAUAAACUCCCACUGGCAUCAAUGGGAGUUUGUCUGUGAAAGUACUGAAUAAAAUCUAAGCAAGAGAAAUCAGGAUUUGGCCUGUCAGCUGCUUAUUGUCAGUCACUGUUCUCCUUUGUCUAUGCAAAAUAAGUGUGAACGCUACUAGAAAACCUUUUGAUAAAGCUAGAAUUCAUAUGAUGUGUUGCUGUUCUGACUACACACGAGAUCCUUGAUACUGCUAGCAGUUUGUAUGAUAAACAAUUCAGUGACCAGACUAAAAGCAGCAGGCUAAAACUGCAAUGAUGAGAUUUCACUUACACAGUUCAGGGCCAGUAUUUUGUUGUUUUUUCCUUAGUGGUUUUUAUGUAACUUGCAUGUAAUUUUGAAUCUUGAUAAUUAUACUAAAAUAAAUGUGUGACUAUAGUCUUAUAACCACUACCUGCUUUAAUAUGAAAUUCAGCUGAUGGCAUUUGGUGUUUCUGGGGAAUAAAGAAGAUGCAUACACUUCAGUAAUAAUUAAGAGCUAGAUAGUUCCUUAAAGAAAUAGACCCGUAUUAGCAGGGUGUAGAGGGAUUGCACUGAGUUGGAGUCAGCCACGAUUCCUCCAGUGAUGAUAGGGGAAUGUGGUCUCUGCUGUGCUCUUUUACAGGGAACAGAGUUCACUACCACCACCUCCUCUUUUGGGCAUGCACACAUAGACACAUGAAAGCUAUGGGACCCCAACAUUCUCCAUCUUCUUUGGGAGGCUAGUACCACUGUCAACAUCAGUCUAAAACAUUUUUGGAGCUGCAUGGUUGGCUUGGCUCUAAACCAGGGGUUCUUAAACUUCAGUGCACCACAACCCUGUCCUGACAACAAAAUUAUUACAUGAUCCUGAGUGGGGGGGAGAGCAGGUGGAGCCUGAGGGUCCCAGCCCUGGGUCCCGGCCAGUCUAAUGCUGGGGAGAUCCCAUUAAACUGUCCCGACCCACAGUUUGAGAACUGCUGCUCUAAACCAUUUAAGGGUGCAGGGUAGGGGAGAGGAGCACUUUUUGUUCUCUCCUUCAUUUGUGCACGUAUGCAGGGCCAGAUCCAGCAUGGCCCCUAAUAUUGUAAAUAUACUCCAGGGACUUGACUUUCACUCAGAUGCUAAAAUACAAGGUGAAGGCCAGAUUCUAAAGUCUUGGCUACGAUAGUGUUUAUUUUUAAAUUUCCGACUGUUGCACUGUCAGCAGUGCACCUCCGUCAGUUGUGGCAGUGGUGCAAGCUGUGAUGUAAUCAGGCUGUUAACAUCUGAUGGGGUUUUAACCAAAGAUCAUCUAGAUCUGCUGUCAGUGCAAUUAGAUGACAUGUAUUUUAUCUCACCUGCUAUUGAUUUACAUUAGUACUCCUAGUGCUGAUGAAGCUGCACCAGCAACGGAGCACCAAUGUGAAAUAUGAAGGAAAAUGGUAGUGUAGCCUAAAUCACUGAUCUGCUGUUAUGUUCAUGUGUGCAAAUGGAGUAAUGGAUUUAUUUAUUUAUACUUAGUGUAUCUUGCAAUGAGCACUAUAUAUUGCAGGUUAGGAUCCAACCCAAAGCAUGAUUGCAGAUUCACCUUCAAAGACCAUAACUUCUACUGUCAUGAAUUCAACAAGAAAUUCAAGAGAUCAAGUUAUCCUUUAUUCAUAAAACUGUUAGGGGGCACUCUUCAGACAAAUUAGGACAUAUUUGCCCUGCCCCUAGUUGUUUAUAGUCUCAUUUGCACAUGACAGUUUGUACUGAUUUAAUUAUCAGCCCAUAGGCAUUGAACAAAAAUGUAUUUUGUAACAGCUCUGUUUUUUGCAGACUGUUAAAUUUACAUCAACAAGUUAUGUACAGCUGUGGGGGAGCAGGACCCAAACAGCUGUAUUUUUAAAAAAAAACCUACUCUCAGGGUAUGUCUACUCUACCUGCCAGACCAGCAGAGAGUGAUCGAUCAAGCGGGGGUCAAUUUAUCACGUCUAGUCUAGACGCGAUAAAUCGACCCGAGCACUCUCCCGUCGACUCCUGUACUCCACCGCCGUGAGAGGCACAGGCAGAGUCGACGGGGGAGCGGCAGCAGUUGACUCACCACAGUGAAGACACGGUGAGUAUGUCUAAGUACAUCGUCUUCAGCUGCGUUAUUCACAUAGCUGAAGUUGCGUAACUUAGAUCAACCCCCCCCACCCACCACCACUGUAGACCAGGCCUCCGAUGUGAGUGUUUAGCUCCCUUUAAUGCCAUGUAUGUGCAGCUAAAGGUACAAUUUGGUCCUCAAAAUCACAAGCAUGGUAUAGCGUGGGGAAAGUAACAGCACUGUUGUCAAUGUUGUAACAUUGAUAAAAUAGAUUUUAUUUCUGCAGUUGAAUAUGAGGCAAUGAGGAAAAUGCCCCCUGUACAUAGCUUUCACUAUGCUUAACAACAAAUGGCUUAAAUAGCUAUUAAUAAUCAUUAGUGCUAAUAGAAGUGUGUCUUAUAAAAUGUUGUUUGAAAUAUUCAGUUGUUUUCUGGCUGUUGAAAUUUUAGUAAAAUAAUACUGACACAAGUUCUUUAGAGUUUUCGAAAGGACAAUUCUGUCUCAUUGCACUUUGAACAGCAUGCCGUCUUGUUUUCUUUUUAAUUCUGGUUUGUUGGUUUCUUUUCUACAUAAUAAGUACACCUAUUGAUUGCUAUUUUAAAUUAUUCUUUUGUUUAAACACAAUUUUUUAUUUUAUACUAGCUUAAGAAAAUGGAUUUAAAAUAACUAUGUGAGUGUCUGUGUGUUUGCUUAUUGAUUUUGUUGUAUAUUGCUUUUUGAGAUUUCAUUUGGAAACUGUGAAUUCCUGUCAUUUGCACAAGUUUGGGUGCAAAGGGCACUUUACUAGCUGGGGUUAUUACAUUCAGCUGUAUAUUCACAGAUGGGCAGAGAUGGCUGUAGCUACUGCAGUUGUAACCAGCGAACAGAGUGGAGUAGAAGCAAUGGUAUGAAGGAAAAAGGUGUCAAAAUGCAGUAUCCAGUUAUGUAUGCUCCCACAUUGUCCCAAAACAGCAACACCUUUUCUAGGUGAAUAAAUUUAAGGGCCAGAUUAUGGGAACUACAUUGAUUUAAAUCAUCUGAGGAUCUGGCCCUAAACUUGAUUGUAGAGAGGAAAACAACAUCCAUCAGUGGCUCUUCAGAGUGCUCAGUAAUAGUAUCUGAAAGGGUUGGGACAAUACGGUUCUUUACAUGUUCAAGUACUGUAUGACAAAUGUUCUCUAGUUAAGCCAGUGCCAAUAUGAGUUGGAAAUUAUUAUUUCCAUUUGACAGAUGAGGCAGAUAAAUAAAGUGACUUGUCCAAGGUGGAAGGCAACUAGUGGCAAAGUUGGGAUUAGAACUAAAUGCAUCCUGGUUAUCAACCCCAGACUCAGUUAUUUUAGGCAAGAUACUGGUAGCUUCUCAACUUGUUACCCGUGGUGAAUACCAUGGAAGUUAUGAGUGAGGAAAAUCGAUAUUGAUUCAUGAGUUUUAGUAAAAAAA